AUGUUUUGGCUAGUGUUACUUGGUGCGAUCCUCACACUCCUACAUGUGUACAUGAGACUGCUGACGCGGCGUACGCGAAGCAUGGUCUCGCACUUGCCCACCUACAAGUGCCUCCCCUUCAUCGGCAACAUGUACAAGUUCUUUGGCGAUGGACAGAAUGCAUUCAAUUUCUUGGAAAACUUAACUACUAUCAUGGAAGAAAGAAGGCAACCAUUUGUUAUAUGGAUAGGGCAAUGUUGUUUUAUAAUACUAUCAGAUCCCGAAGACGCGAGGAUGGUCGCGAACAACUUUCUAGAAAAGCCAUACUUCUACAAUUUUGCUCGCUUAUGGCUGAAGGAUGGACUCGUCACUGCACCGGGGUCGAUUUGGAAACACAAUGUCAAAAAGUUCGCGGUUGCAUUCAGUGGCUCAAUGGUGGACGACUUUUUGCCGAUAUUCAACGAGCAGUCGCGAAAGUUGCAAAGAAAACUCGAGGUAGAAGUAAACUGCGAGCCCUUCGAUCUUUUCGAAAAGUACCUUGCUUAUACUACGCUGGAGACUAUUUGUCAGACCGCCCUCGGAGAGCACGAUGUGACGGAGACUAUUGUUACAAAAGAAUAUUACGCAGCAUUCAAUGGCAUUCUCGAGCUCAUUUUUAGUCGAGCACUUAACAUUUUUCUUCAUCCCGAGUUCGUGUACCGUCUCACUCCUGGAUACAAAGAGUUUAAACGGUGCGUUAGCGUUGUGCAAAACGUUUCCGAUGCUAUUUUAAGAAAAAGAAGAAAAGAAAUGGAAGAAGCGAAAACAGCAAAAAUUUCAGAUUCAACGAACAAAGAAAAUGGCGAAGUAAAAUUCAAGACAUUCCUCGACAUUAUUUUGCAAAUGAAUGACACAGAUCACACUCUAACAGAGGAGCACAUAAAAGCCGAAAUAGACACUAUAAUCUUAGCCGGCCAGGAGACCAUUGCGACUGCUAUUAAUUACAUCUUUCUUAUGCUUGGAUGCAAACCUGACGUUCAACAGAAAUUGUAUAAAGAGAUAAAGGAAAUUUUUGGUGAGAGCAAGCGUCCCGUUCUGAAAGAAGAUCUGUCGCGCUUGAGAUACUGUGAGGCUAUAAUUUAUGAGACGUUGCGUUUGUUUCCGCCAGUUCCUGGAGUUCUACGGCAAGCUGAUCGGGACAUCAAGCUCAAAUCCUGCACAGUACCCAAAGGUGCAACGUGUUGCAUCAGCUUUUGGGGCUCUGGCCAUUCGAAACAUAUUUGGGGCUCUGAUGCUCUGCAGUACAAACCUGAACGCUGGCUGGACCCCAACGUCGCCUCAAUGGGUGCUACCUCACUCUUGACCUUUAGCACCGGAAAACGUGCUUGUAUAGGUAAACGUUACGCAGUGACAUUAAUGAAAACGGUCUUAGUGCACAGUGUGAGGGAAUACGAAUUCGUGUCAGAAGCGGACAAAAUGGAGCUUAAAAUAGACAUAGCCUUGCGACCAAUCAGUGGUCAUUUGUUACAAGUGAAAUCAAGAAGUGGAGUGAAAUAG